AUGGCGGCCUCAAAGCUGCUCGUACUGUCAACCUGUAUUGCCCUAAUUUUCACUAAGAUCAGUGCAGAUGCUUCGCUUGAUGUUGAAGAUAAAGAGGAAGUCCCCAGAUCGGACGGCUUCGUUGAAUCGUCGAUUUUGAAGAACGAAUUGAACCAACUCAAGUCCGAGAUCCAUGUUCUUGAGUUGCGUAUUGACGAGAACAUGCAAGAAUUGAAAGGCAAGGAUGAAAUAAUAGCGAAGAAGGAGAAGUUAAUCAAAGAGAAGUCUGAUAACAUUGCAUUGUUGCAGAGCGAAAUAUCUUCUCUCCAAAAAAAAGGGACUUCAGAUGCUCAGGAGCAGGUUGGGAAGGCUCAUGCAUGGGCUGUCGAAUUAGAGAAGCAGCUGGAGAAAUUAAAAAUUGAAAUACAAGUGAAAAAUAAGGAAAUAGAGGCCUUAGAAGUCCGGACAAAUGACGCGGAGAAGAAAGUGCUUGAGUUGAAUUCGAAACUGGGGAGUGUAAGUUCUUUGAUUGUUAGAGUUUUGUGA